GCGGCGUGUGACGCAGUCGGGCCCUCUGCGCGCUGCGCCCCGAGCGGCGGUCGGUGUCGGUGGUGGCGGCGGAGGCGGCGACGGUUUCGUGGCGGCCGCGCGCUGCUCUCGGAGCGGCGGGUGGCGGACGGGCCUAGGCCCUCACUCCUGACACUUCCCCUCCCCCACAGCACCGCGCUUUCUGAAGCAGACUCAUUUUGAAGAUGUUUAAUAAGUCAUUUGGAACCCCCUUUGGGGGUGGCACAGGUGGCUUUGGCACAACUUCAACAUUUGGGCAGAAUACUGGAUUUGGCACUACUAGUGGAGGGGCAUUUGGAACAUCUGCAUUUGGUUCCAGCAACAAUACUGGAAGCCUUUUUGGAAAUUCACAGACCAAACCAGGAGGAUUAUUUGGUACCAAUUCCUUUAGCCAGCCAGCCACCACAAGCACUGGCUUUGGGUUUGGCACAUCAACAGGAACAUCAAACAGCUUGUUUGGAACUGCAAGCACAGGGACCAGUCUUUUCUCAUCCCAAAACAAUGCCUUUGCACAAAAUAAACCAACAGGCUUUGGGAAUUUUGGAACAAGUACUAGCAGUGGGGGCCUUUUUGGAACUACAAAUACCACCUCCAAUCCUUUUGGUAGCACAUCUGGCUCCCUCUUUGGGCCAAGUAGUUUUACAGCGGCUCCUACUGGGACUACUAUUAAAUUUAACCCUCCAACUGGUACAGAUACUAUGGUUAAGGCUGGAGUUAGCACUAACAUCAGUACCAAGCACCAGUGCAUUACUGCUAUGAAGGAGUAUGAAAGCAAGUCACUAGAGGAACUUCGCUUGGAGGACUAUCAAGCCAACCGGAAGGGCCCACAGAACCAGGUGGGAGCAGGUACUGCGACUGGCUUGUUUGGGUCUUCGCCGGCCACCUCCAGUGCGGCAGGACUCUUCAGCUCUUCGACCACAAAUUCAAGCUUUGCGUAUGGUCAGAACAAAACAGCCUUUGGAACCAGUACAACUGGAUUUGGGACAAAUCCAGGGGGUCUCUUCGGCCAACAGAAUCAGCAGAACACCAGCCUCUUUAGCAAACCAUUUGCCCAGGCCAUAACCACUCAGACCACUGGCUUCUCCUUUGGUAAUACCAGCACACUAGGACAGCCGAGCACCAACACCAUGGGUCUAUUUGGAGUAACCCAGGCUUCGCAGCCAGGAGGACUUUUUGGGACAGCAACGAACACCAGCACUGGGACAGCGUUUGGAACGGGAACAGGUCUCUUCGGGCAGACCAGUACUGGAUUUGGUGCCGUUGGUUCGACCCUGUUUGGCAGCAACAAGCUUACGUCCUUUGGAACCAGCACAACCAGUGCGCCUUCAUUUGGUACAACCAGUGGCGGGCUCUUUGGUUUCGGCACAAAUACCAGUGGGAAUAGUAUUUUCGGAAGUAAACCAGGACCUGGAACUCUGGGACCUGGGCUUGGUGCAGGAUUUGGAACAGCUCUUGGUGCUGGACAGGCAUCUUUGUUUGGGAACAACCAGCCUAAGCUCGGAGGGCCUCUUGGUACAGGAGCCUUUGGGGCCCCUGGAUUUAAUACUACGACAGCCACUUUGGGCUUUGGAGCCCCCCAGGCUCCAGUAGCUUUAGCGGAUCCAAAUGCUUCUGCUGCACAGCAGGCAGUCCUCCAGCAGCACAUCAAUAGUCUGACAUACUCACCUUUUGGAGACUCUCCUCUCUUCCGGAACCCUAUGUCAGACCCUAAGAAGAAGGAAGAGAGAUUGAAACCAACAAAUCCAGCAGCCCAGAAGGCUCUCACAACUCCUACUCACUAUAAACUGACUCCCCGCCCUGCCACCAGAGUCCGACCAAAGGCUUUGCAGACAACAGGCACAGCCAAGUCACAACUCUUUGAUGGGCUGGAUGACGAUGAGCCAUCCUUAGCCAAUGGAGCAUUCAUGCCCAAGAAGAGCAUUAAGAAGUUGGUUUUGAAAAACCUUAACAGUAGCAAUCUCUUCUCUCCCGUUAAUCGUGAUUCAGAAGAUCUGGCUUCACCAUCUGAUUACCCAGAAAAUGGAGAGAGAUUCAAUUUUAUGAGCAAACCAGUGGAAGAGAACCAUCAGCAGGAUGGAGAUGACGAUUCUCUGGUGUCACGUUUUUAUACUAACCCAGUUGCCAAACCCAUUCCUCAAACCCCAGAGAGUGCUGGGAAUAAACACAACAGCAGCAACAGCGUGGAUGACACCAUUGUUGCGUUAAACAUGCGUGCUGCCUUGCGAAAUGGGCUGGAAGGAAGCAGUGAGGAAACCUCUUUUCAUGAGGAGUCACUGCAGGAUGACCGCGAAGAGCUAGAAAAUAAUGCUUACCACAUGCAUCCUGCAGGCAUUGUUCUUACUAAGGUUGGUUACUAUACCAUUCCCUCUAUGGACGACCUUGCUAAGAUCACCAAUGAAAAAGGAGAGUGCGUUGUCUCUGACUUCACCAUUGGUCGGAAAGGUUAUGGUUCAAUCUAUUUUGAAGGAGAUGUUAAUUUGACAAAUCUAAAUUUGGAUGAUAUUGUGCAUAUCCGAAGGAAGGAAGUGAUUGUCUACUUAGACGAUAACCAGAAACCACCUGUGGGCGAAGGCCUAAAUAGGAAGGCCGAGGUUACGCUGGAUGGAGUUUGGCCAACAGAUAAAACAUCUCGUUGUUUAAUCAAAAGCCCAGAUCGACUUGCUGACAUAAACUAUGAGGGAAGAUUAGAAGCAGUUUCAAGGAAACAGGGAGCUCAGUUCAAAGAGUACCGUCCUGAAACAGGUUCUUGGGUGUUUAAGGUCUCCCAUUUUUCUAAGUAUGGCCUUCAGGAUUCUGAUGAAGAGGAGGAGGAACGGCCAUCCAAAACUAGUACAAAGAAGUUGAAGACGGCCCCUUUGCCUCCUGCAGGCCAGGCCGCCCCAUUCCAGAUGGCUCUUAAUGGCAAACCAGCACCUCCACCCCAGAGCCAGAGCCCAGAGGUGGAGCAGUUAGGGAGGGUUGUGGAGCUGGACAGUGACAUGGUAGAUAUCACCCAGGAGCCAGUUUUGGAUUCCAUGUUAGAAGAGAGCGUGCCUGAGGAUCAGGAGCCUGUGUCCGCCUCAACUCACAUUGCGUCUUCACUGGGAAUUAAUCCACAUGUCUUACAGAUCAUGAAAGCAUCGUUGCUUGCUGAUGAAGAAGAUGCAGAUAUGGUCCUGGAUCAACGCUUCAGUCGCCUUCCUUCUAAAGCGGAUACAUCUCAAGAAAUCUGUUCUCCCAGGCUCCCCAUUUCAGCAGCGCACUCAUCAAAAUCCCGUUCAUUAGUAGGUGGGUUGCUACAAUCAAAAUUCACAAGUGGAACUUUUCUUUCACCAAGUGCCUCUUUACAAGAAAGCCGCACCCCCAGAGCAUCUUCGUGGAUGAAGAUCCCCCCCGCAGCUCCGUGGUCUGCGCCUCCACCCCUGACCUCCGCGUUCACGGUGCCCAGCCCAGCGCCUGAGGUUCCGUUGAAAACAGUGGGUACACGCAGACAGCCGGGCCUGGUCCCUCUUGAAAAGUCUGUCACCUACGGAAAGGGGAGACUCCUGAUGGACAUGGCCCUCUUCAUGGGACGCUCCUUUCGGGUUGGUUGGGGCCCCAACUGGACUCUUGCUAAUAGUGGAGAGCAGCUGAGUGGCUCUCAGGAACUGGAACAUCAUCAGACGACUGAUUCUAUGGAGUACGGAUUCCUCCCUAACGCAGUAGCUGUUAAAUCCCUAACUGAGUCUCCAUUCAAAGUUCAUUUGGAAAAACUCAGUUUGAGGCAAAAGAAGCUGGAUGAAGACCUGCAGUUGUACCAGACACCUCUGGAGCUUAAAUUGAAACAUAGCACUGUCCAUGUGGAUGAGCUCUGUCCGCUGAUUGUCCCCAAUCCAGGAGUUGCUGUCAUUCAUGACUAUGCAGAUUGGGUUAAGGAGGCAUCUGGAGACUUACUGGAAGCACAGAUUGUGAAGCACUGGAGCCUAACAUGGACAUUGUGUGAAGCUCUGUGGGGCCACCUGAAGGAGCUCGAUAGCCAGCUGGAUGAGCCCAGCGAAUACGUCCAGAUCCUGGAGCGUCGAAGAGCUUUCUCUCGCUGGCUGUCCCAUACCGCCGCACCCCAGAUUGAGGAGGAAGUGUCCCUAACCCGAAAAGACAAUCCUGUGGAGGCGGUCUUCAGCUUCCUCACGGGCAAGAGGAUCAGUGAGGCUUGCUCCCUGGCCCAGCAGUCAGGUGACCAUCGUCUUGCCCUUCUUUUAUCCCAGCUGGUUGGCAGCCAGUCCGUCCGCGAGCUGCUUACGAUGCAGCUGGUGGACUGGCAUCAGCUCCAGGCCGACUGCUUCAUCCAGGAUGAGAGACUGCGUGUCUUCGCCCUGUUGGCUGGAAAACCGGUGUGGCAGCUCUCCGAGCAGAAGCACAUCAACGUGUGCUCCCAGUUGGACUGGAAGCGCUCCCUGGCUGUCCAUCUCUGGUAUUUGCUUCCGCCAACAGCCUCCAUUUCCAGGGCACUCAGCAUGUACGAAGAAGCAUUUCAGGAUACCUCUGAGGGUGACAGAUACGCCUGCUGCCCACUUCCCUCGUACCUGGAGGGCUCUGGCUAUAUGGUGGAGGAGGAACAGGACUCACAGAGGCCUCUCCAGGACGUCUGCUUUCACCUUCUAAAACUCUACAGUGACAGGCAUUACGACCUCAGUCAGCUGCUGGAGCCUCGAAGCGUCACCGCAGAUCCUUUGGACUAUCGCCUGAGCUGGCACUUGUGGGAAGUGCUGCGGGCUCUGAACUACACCCACCUCUCAGAGCAGUGUGAGGGCGUGCUCCAGGCCAGUUAUGCUGGCCAGCUGGAAAGCGAGGGGCUCUGGGAGUGGGCCGUCUUUGUCCUCCUGCACAUUGACAACUCAAGCAUCCGUGAGAAGGCUGUUCGAGAGCUGCUUACCCGGCACUGCCAGCUGUUAGAGACCCCUGAAUCUUGGGCUAAGGAGGCUUUCCUGACCCAGAAGCUUUGUGUGCCUGCUGAAUGGAUUCACGAGGCCAAAGCAGUGCGAGCACACAUGGAAUCUGACAAGCACUUGGAAGCCCUCUAUUUAUUUAAAGCAGGGCACUGGAACCGCUGCCACAAACUCGUCAUCCGGCACUUAGCCUCCGAUGCCAUCAUUAAUGAGAACUAUGACUACCUGAAGGGGUUCUUAGAAGACCUGGCACCCCCGGAGCGCAGCAGCCUGAUCCAGGACUGGGAAACGUCCGGGCUUGUUUACCUGGACUACAUUCGCGUCAUCGAGAUGCUCCGUCGCAUACAGCAGGUGGAUUGCUCAGGUUAUGAGCUCGAGCAGCUACACACCAAAGUGACCUCACUGUGCACCCGGAUAGAGCAGAUCCAGUGUCACAAUGCCAAGGACCGCCUGGCUCAGUCAGACAUGGCCAAACGUGUAGCCAACCUGCUGCGGGUGGUACUGAGCCUCCAGCACGCCCCCGAUGCUGCCUCCGAGUCAACCCCAGACCCUCAGCGAGUCCCUUUGCGCCUGCUGGCUCCCCACAUUGGCCGGCUCCCCAUGCCCGAGGACUAUGCCUUGGAGGAACUGCGCAGUCUCACACAGUCCUACCUGCGGGAACUGACUGUCGGGAGCCAAUGAGCCGCGGUCUCCUCCCGCCACACUCAUGCGCAUUCACACUCACGCUCAGAGCCCCUGCAUUGAGUUGAUUGGCACUGUUUGCCAUUCUCUGGGUUGGCUGUGGAAUCUCCCUCCCUUCCUGCUGCCCAAGCAGCAGCCUCCAGUUGUUCAGGGCUUUCUUACUACUAAACACAGCACAAGGGCUUUCGGAACCCACAAAAGGGAGCCAGGUCUCUUGUUACUCUCCUCAAAACUUUUUUUUUCCUUUUUUUAAAAAAAAUGGUCAGUAAAAGCACCUUUGACAGAAUUCCCCCACUUCCCAAAGAACCAGGGGAGUCCUUUCCCACCCUCCGCCGUUCUGGAUUUCGUGAUCCUUCACAUGCCAGCCCGCCGCCGCCGCCUCCGCCUGUGCUUGAGCACUGGACUCUUGAAGGAGGGGCACAGGUAGAAGGACGAACUGUUGACCUAGACAGGUCACCUGUCCACAGAAAGAAGAGAAUUUGUCUCUAAAGUUGGUUGAUGACUGAUCUGACUCUUGGAAGAGGGUUGGACUGAAUUUGGAAGCAGAACAGGGUCUUUCUGACUCAUUUAGGGUAGGGAGAGUGCCUACCACGGAGGGUUGGGGCUUCAAGACUUGCUUGUUGUUCUUGCCGUGAGUGUUCCAUGAACACCAAACCUUCCCUACUGCCGUGUGCAGAAGCCCUUGAAUACAGAGCCCAUGAAUCUGGGAAGCUCCCAGAACUCAGUUUAGUCCUGAUUUUCAGUCCUGUUGCUAGGCCUCCUGUCUGGAUUUGCCUGAAGAGUUUGGAUGAAACGUGGCAGGUUGGGUAGCGCCCCUGGCCCAGAUCAUUUUCCACCCUCACCUACGGUCCCAGAAGGUAAAGCGGACACUGAGGCAGGUAGAGAGCUGGGCUUCAGGGUCAGGCAGAGGGCCUCUGCUCCACUGCUGCCAGCUACGGGGAGCCCCAGGUCCUGGCCUGAGACUGCUGGUGUGGGGCAGGCACAGACAGCAUAUCCACGCCCGGGUCUUUAUGCAUGAAGAUUAUGUAAAGGUUUUUAUUGAAAAAUAUAUAUAUAUAAAUAAAUGAUCUAGAUUAUUUUCCUCUUUUUCUGAAGCUACUUUCUUAAAAAAAAUAAAAUAAAAUGAAAU